CGAGGGCCCCGGGGGGGCGCAGGAGCGGAGAACAGCGCAGCAAACCCCCGCCCCGGCUCCGCGGGCGGCGGGCGCCUGUCCUGGUGGUGCAUCGCGGAGAGCCAGUCCCCUGCCCGGGCCCGGGCUGGGGGGAAAGGCAACCACCGCUCGGCGAUCCGGGGAGGCACCAUGCGUCGCCUGUUCCUGCUGCUCGUCCUGGUCUGCUGCUGCAGAGGAGAUGAUGCUACUGACAAAACCAGUGAUUCUGGAGAAGCUGUUACCACCUUAAGUACCCAGUCCCCUGUUUCCACCUCAAGAGCAGUGCCUACCACAGCCCUCGUCAGCACCCUGACCACCACCAAAGCUGGUGCCUUAUCCUCCGCUGACACCAGCAUCACUCCUACAACCCUAUCUCCCACCACCACCCUGUCUGGUUCCAGCACCGUGCCGCCCUCCAUCAGUCCUGCAUCACCUGGCACCAAUGUGCCAUCCACCUCUGGUGCUGGCACCUCACCCAAAGCUAGCACCUUGUCCCCCACUGUCAGCCCCCCUCACUCUGGUACAAGCACCUUGCCCCCUGCCAACACCCCAGUAUCAGCUGACACCAGCACUCCAUCCCCUAAAACUAGUGCUACCCCUGAGGGCACGAAGGCAGCGGUCAGCACCGCCACGGGAUCUGUGACCCCUCACAGCAGUGCUACUCCCCUCCCGACAGCUGCCACGGUCUUCAACGCUCUUAGUUCUGCCCCUGCGUCUGCUGCCACCUCCACCUUCGUGACCACCCCUGCUGCUGACGUCUCCAGACCCACGACCUCCAUCCGUGGUUCUUCAGCCACGUCUCCACCUCAGAAGACCAGAACAUCAGAAGGCACCACAGUGCAGAGCUCAGGUGUCCCUGCAGACAAGGAAAACGCCACCCAGCCAGGACACGAGACAGCGACGCCUGUGGCUACUAAGGAGGGUGCCACCACACCUGGGGCAACGACGGUUGCAACCACUCGACAGGCUGGUGGCGUACCACAGGCUGAUGGCAGCCUAUCCUCAACCAUGACAACCAGCACUGUGGUCCCCAUGACAACCAGCACAUCCUCAAGCCACCAUGCUUCAACUCCUGGCAGGAAAGCCAGGCCCUCGGAUGCUCUACUCAACAAUCAGGUCAUUUGUGAGGAACAGCUCUCGUUCAGCGAAUCAGAAGUCGUUCUAACCCUGAAUGAGUCCAGACCCUGCGCCAGCCCCAUCAACGAGACCCUGCACACCAUCCUCUGCACAGCUGCGAAGGCCACAUUCAACCGGAGCCGAGACAGCUGCGUCGUGCGCGUGGCUACUGCCCCGGCCCCCUCCCACCAGAUCGCUGUGCUCGACGUGUCCGUGCAAACCCACACUGUGCCCAAGGAGCUGUUUGAACUGCUGGGGACCAAAAAGGAAGAGUUGCAGAAGGUUGGCAUCAGCAAUGUCACCUACGCCCACAUGCGCCUGGAGGAGGAUAAUGAGGACCGGCUCAGCAUGCCCUUAGUCAUCACCAUCGUGUGCAUGGCCUGCACCCUGCUGCUCAUCGCGGCCAUCUACGGCUGCUGCCACCAGCGGAUCGCCCAUAGGAAGGAUCAGCGUAGACCAGGCCUUAGCGACCCCUGGACUGAUGAAUGGUGCGAGCUGAAGAGUCCUGGAGAUCACGGAACAGCUGUAAUACCAACUUCCUACACACAGCACCGCCCCACUUCUGUGAUCAGGCAUGAAAAGACAGCAACGACUGACGGAAGAGCUCCAGACCAUGGAGAAUGGUUACCAUGACAACCCCACCCUGGAGGUGAUGGAGACCCCCUCCGAGAUGCAGGAGAAGAAGGUGAACCUGAACGGGGAGCUGGGAGACAGCUGGAUUGUCCCCAUGGACAACCUCACGAAAGAGGAUCUGGAGGAAGAGGACACGCAUUUAUAAGCCACAUUAAAAUCUAAAAAAAAAAACCCAAAAAAGCAAAACAAAAACCCCAGGAUGAUUAGAGCCACAAGUGCCGUCAUGCGGAGCACGGAGACACAGAGGUGCCUGGACAGGACUGGAGUUUGCUCUGGCCUGCUAAACCUUGGUAAAUCCGAACCUAUUCCAGA